UCAGUGUCAGGACACUAAUAUUUCAGUCUGCCUUUUCUCUCUGCUAAGCACAUGUGCUGUCAGUCAAUUGGUUUUCCUAGAGCCUGGGCAGCUCGUCAGCUGUCAGUUACUUGGCAUCGUAGAGACAGCAGAUCACAUACAGCAGCUCCAACUCACUUUGUUUCUGUGGCACUUUCUGUCGUCUGCUCUACUGUUCUGUCUCUCCAGUGUUGGGAAUGUGGACCGAGAACUACAUUAUUCUGACAACAGUCCUUGCACUCCUUGAGAUUUCCAUGAUCGCUAGAAGCCAGUCAGAAAACGUCCAGGUUCUGUAUCCAUGGAGGCUGAAAGCAGCAACUGAAGGGUUGGCAAGAGUAAGAAGAGCCUGGGUCAUUCCUCCUAUUGCAGUCUCUGAGAACAGCAGGAAGAUCCCAUUCCAGCUAGUUCAGAUUAAAUCAGACAAGCUUCCUAGCAAGGUGAUCUAUAGCAUUAAGGGACCUGGUGUGGAUGAAGACCCAAAGGGAAUCUUUACCAUCGAUCCUGACUCUGGAUUUGUCUUCCUGACCACGGUGCUGGACCGUGAGGAGAAGAGCAGCUACAAGAUCAAAGCAUAUGCUGUCAAUGAGACUGGAAUGCCUUUGGAAGAGCCUACAGAUCUAGAGAUCAUUGUUAUUGAUCAGAAUGAUAACAGACCUACCUUCGACCAGCAAUAUUUCAUUGGACAUGUUCUCGAGGGAUCACCUCCAGGCACGCUGGUUAUGCGAGUGACUGCUUCCGAUGCUGAUGACCCUCAGACUGAUAAUGCGGCUCUAGGCUACUCAAUAGUGGGUGAUGGAAGAGGAAUUUUCCGAAUUGAUCCUGUGACUGGAGAGAUUCGUACUGUUGGAGUGGGUCUGGAUCGGGAGAAUAUUUCUGUGUACAAUCUGACUCUACAAGUGGCAGAUCUGUCAGGUGAAGGACUGUCCACCACCGCCACUGCAGUUAUCUUCAUUGAUGACAUCAAUGAUAAUGCCCCAGAAUUCACUGCCACCGAGUUCACUGUUGAAGUAUCAGAGGACAUGGUGGGAUCAGAGAUUGGCCACAUCAGCGUGGUGGACAAGGAUCAACCUGGAACACCAAACUGGCUUGUGGACUACACAAUUAUUGAUGGCAAUGACCAUGGACUUUUUAGCAUGAAGACUGAGCCAGAGACCAACAAAGGCAUCUUAUUUGUUGAAAAAGGUCUGGAUUACGAAAAGGCCGACAAACAUAUCCUGACUGUCGAGGUGAAGAACAAGGAAGCUGUCAGUCUUGGAGCACCUCAAGCUCUCCGUUCCUCAGCUAAAGUCAUUGUGAUAGUUACUGAUGUGAAUGAAGCCCCCAGGUUUGUGGAAGACCCCCAAAAAUUGAAUGUGCCUGAAGGGUUAACAGCAGGAAGCUUUUUAACAGUCUACACCGCCACCGACCCUGACACUAAACAACAACAAAAUAUCAGUUAUGGGAUUCAGUAUGAUCCUGCUGAUUGGCUGAUGGUGGACAUGAACACAGGAGAGAUAUUUGUUCAGCAGAAGAUUGAGCGUGGCUCUCCAUUCCUGUUCAAACAUCGCUACACAGCUGUCAUCACAGCCACAGACAGUGGAGAGCCACCAUAUACUGCGACAGGAACCCUGGAGAUUAACGUGACUGAGGUCAAUGAUUUCCCUCCUAUUCUGUACCCACAACAUGGCUUCUUGUGCAGUCAGUGGGACAAGGAUGAAGGAGUCCUCCUCUGGGCAAUGGACGGAGACCUUGAGCCUCAUGCUGACCCCUUUCAUUUUGAGAUUGUUCCUGAUGAUUCUGAAUAUUCCCAGAACUGGACAAUUGGCCAUUUAAAUGACACACAUUCUAAACUGAGAGCUCGGCAGGAUAUUAGUGAAGGAACUUACAGCCUCCAGAUUCGUGUGAGUGACUCGGGCCAGCCACGUCUAAGUCAGGACCAUGUCCUGAAUGUGACCAUUUGUUUGUGCAGUAUGAAAGGGGACUGUACACCAGGAGUAGCUGCAAUUCUUGGUACCCAUGUGGGUCUGAGCUUUGGAGCUGCAAUGGUUAUUCUCGGCAGCGUGCUGCUCUUACUUUUUCUCAUUCUGCUUGUGGCAGUUUUUGACUUUCUUCACCGCCGCCUCCAUCACAAGGGACUCCUGACUGCUUCUGAAGAUGACAUUCGGGACAACAUUUUAAACUAUGACGAGCAGGGAGGAGGAGAGGAAGAUCAGGAUGCCUAUAACAUUGACCAAUUAAGGAACCCAGAUGAGGUCCUGCCCUCAACCCCAACCAGAGGAAAACAGCCAAUCAGAAGAGAUGCACCAUUCAAUUAUGGGCAACCACAGUAUCCGAAAAGGCUACCUGCUAACCCCAAUGACAUCAAGGACUUCAUCAAUGAGGGAUUGGAUGCAGCUGAUAACGAUCCAAAUGCACCCCCAUAUGACACUGCUCUGAUUUAUGACUAUGAGGGUGAGGGUUCUCUAGCUGAGACUCUGAGUUCUAUCACAUCCAGAGCUUCUGACUCAGACCAGGAUUAUGACUACCUUAGUAACUGGGGCCCUCGAUUCAAGAAGCUGGCUGACAUGUAUGGUGAUCACUAAUUCUCAGCCCAACUGAGAUUUCCACAGCUUCGAUCUGAGGAAAUGUAUUAUUCUGACUGAAUCACUAAAUGUCUGAAAUUAUUAUUGUUCUUUGCCAAUAACUUGUAUGGUUUCUCAUCUGAAUUCUGAGCCAUGACUCUGAUACGGGACACAAUAGUCAAACUUUCAUCUUAGGGGUCAGUGGGUAAGGGUGAUAUCAUGUUGAGUGUGUUGUAAACUCAGUCUGUCACACAGGCAUUCCAUAUCCUGCUAAUAAUCAAAACAUUAGAAGAUUAAAAGGUAAGAGAGUGAGUGAGAGCAAGAGAGAGAGAGAGAGAGAGAGAGAGAGAGAGGGAAAGAAAUAGGGUAUGCUAGAAGGGAAAAAAGAGAGGGAAUGAGCAAGGAAAUGAGAGAAAAAGACAAAGUAGGACAUGGCGAGGGAGAUCUAGCAAGACAGGAAAAUUGAACAAGAAAAGGAGUAAGACAGUGGAUGGAGAACACUGUGUUAAAUACUCAGAAGCAACUUGCAGUACAAUGCCAGUGUUUAACUAGUUGCCAAAUUGGAUGGGGUGCUGUAUAUUUGAUAGAGGGUGGGAAAUUGGACAGGAAUAAUGUAUUUUAAAGGAUGGGCACGGUGAAAAAGAGGAUGAGUUGGAUGGGGGAGAAGGUGGGGAGGAGGUAGAUAGAAUACUGUGUGUCAAUGCAGCCAAUGCCAGGUGGGGCAGAGCUCGUAGUCAGGUUUGAUCUUGACCUGAUAUUAUUUUUGUUGCCUUGUUUAUGGAUCAACAUUAAAAUGUUAAGUGUUGAGCUGACUGACUUGAUAAGUUUCCAUUGUACCUGUAACUAUUUCAGAAAUUUUUAUGCUGACCAUAAGUUUCUGAGUUUUCUUUCCUGUGAACUAUCCUUAAUGCCUCUAGUAUUAAA